AUGGACGCCAGCCGCGUGCAGCCGAUCAAGCUCGCAAGAGUAAGAAAAUAUACUUAUACGUGAAAAUGGCCCUUUCUUGGCGAACAGACAGCUACGCUAACUAAUAAUGACACACAUGGACCUUGAAAAUUAAAGUUAUAUGUUCUUAAAUGUCCAGAUUAACAAACGGCUCGCAAGCUCUCGAGCGCCCAUCAUGGAGGACCGUCCAUGUUAGCUGUUAGCAUCAUUACUCUGCCACAUUGUCCUGGUCCUUUUAUCGUCGUGUAACGAAUAUAAUGCCUGUUUUGGAACUUGUUACCGCAAGUAAAAUAAUGAAUGUGUUGUUUUUAGGUCACCAGAGUACUCGGAAGAACUGGUUCCCAGGGACAAUGUACACAGGUAUGUCAAUGAAGCUAACCGUAAGUCUUACAGUCGGGGUGAAACGGAGCUCAAUGAAGGGUUUACCUGAAAUCAGGGUCUUUCAUGGUGCUCAAAACCUACUCUAUAUGUCAGUCUUUCUUUAUUUAUAUCGGGUCUUACUUCUCACAUGUGUUGCGCCCGUAAAUUUCAUCUGGAAGAUAUGUUUCAUUUUAAUAAAUGCUUAUUUUCUAUUUUGAGCAAACACCAGCUACAGAAGAAAAACUCACCUGAUAGAAGACAGGCCCUCCAUUAACUGUAUGUCUACAAGGCUGAAAGCUCAAAUCAUAACAGGGGAAUUUGACUCAGUUCUAGUCAAAUAUCUCAAUGCACUUUAUAAAAGUACUACCUCCUGUAACAAGAAACUCAAUAUUUUCUUGGUCAUUUCAAUGAACUGAGUCUUUAUUUUGACUCAUGACAAUCUUUAUUGAUCAGCCAGACAUUUCCUGGUGUCUACAUGCUGUACAACUGACAAAAUAUGCUGUAAAAAUAUAGGAUAACUUCAGGCUGGACAGGUGUAGAGUGACAAUGACUACAGACAUAUGCAGUGAGUUUGGGAAAAUCUGCUCUCCAUAAUUUAGGGGCUUUAUCUAAAUCCCUUCACUCCCAUGACUGUUAAAGGGAUAUUCCUGCACAAAAUUAAUUUAGGGUCAAACACACCGUAACACUGAGUUAGACACCCCCUCGAGAGAUGAAUGUUGCCAACCACUUACUUCUCUAGUUAUACCAAAUUAAGUAAGACGGCACCAUAGCGAUACAAAAUGGUCUGAGGAGCCAUAAACAAACCUCAACCAAAACGCCGCUCUAUAGCCACAAAUAAUGCUCAGAACAGCACCUAACUUCGUCAACAGUACAAAUAGGGUCCCAGCCACAGCACUAGCUAUUUGUUAGCGAGACCUCUGGCCAGUCCAUUAAGGUCUGCUGCGGGGUGACACAGCUCAAGGAAGAACAUUUAUGAUAAUUUCUUCGUGGGACUGUAAUCAGACCGAGACGCUAAGGCAGAAGAACUGCCACGUCUGUAGUGUAAAAUUAUUAAUACGAUGAUCAUUACUUCAAGGAAAUGAUCAUGAAUGUUCUUCCUUACUCACUCCACCCCUGUUUAUAUGUACUUUUCUUGUACUCAUGGCAUUUUGACUGUUCUUCUCGUAGGUCCGUGUUGAGUUCAUGGAUGACAGCAACCGGUCCAUCAUCAGGAACGUGAAGGGCCCAGUCAGAGAGGGAGAUGUGCUGACACUUCUGGAGUCUGAAAGAGAAGCCAGGAGGCUGCGAUAG